GGACGUAUCGGUAUUGGUCUCGCCGUCAAUUAAAUUUCUUUAUUAAUUUAUAUUGUAAGUACAUUCAUUAAAAUGGAUGAAGAAUACGAUUGUAUUGUAUUGGGCACUGGCCUAAAAGAAUGUAUUUUGAGUGGACUGUUAUCGGUAUCGGGAAAAAAAGUUUUACACGUCGAUCGGAACAAGUAUUACGGCGGAGAGUCUGCUUCAAUCUGUCCUCUCGAAGAACUUUUUGCAAAAUUUGGGGUACCGCCUCCAGAUGAGUCUUACGGACGAGGACGAGAUUGGAAUGUGGACCUCAUUCCCAAGUUCCUUAUGGCCAAUGGUCAGUUAGUCAAAUUGCUAAUUCACACGGGCGUUACUCGAUACUUGGAGUUUAAAUCUGUUGAAGGAAGCUACGUAUACAAAGGUGGAAAAAUUGCUAAGGUGCCCGUUGAUCAAAAGGAAGCCCUUGCCUCGGACCUCAUGGGAAUGUUCGAGAAAAGACGUUUCCGUAAUUUCCUAAUUUAUGUGCAAGAUUUCCAGCCUGAGGAUCCCAAGACUUGGAAGGAUUUUGAUCCCAGUACUCAGAACAUGACAGCUCUCUAUGAAAAGUUUGGUCUAGACAAGAACACCCAAGAUUUCACUGGCCAUGCUUUAGCCUUGCAUAGAGAUGAUGAUUAUUUGAAUAGACCUGCUAUAGAGACCAUUAACCGGAUUAAAUUGUAUUCUGAUUCAUUGGCCAGAUAUGGAAAGUCGCCAUAUUUGUAUCCAAUGUAUGGUCUGGGUGAAUUACCUCAAGGAUUUGCAAGACUUUCAGCAAUCUAUGGUGGAACUUACAUGUUAGACAAACCAAUUGAUGAAAUUGUCUUAGGUGAAGGGGGUAGAGUUGCAGGAGUUCGUUCUGGUAAUGAAAUUGCCAAAUGUAAACAGGUGUACUGUGACCCAACCUAUGUCCCAGAUAGAGUUCGUAAGAAGGGAAAAGUUAUUAGAUGUAUUUGCCUAUUGGAUCACCCUAUAGCUAAUACCAAAGAUGCUCUGUCUACUCAAGUUAUCAUUCCUCAAAAACAAGUUGGGCGUAGUUCUGAUAUCUAUGUUUCUGUUGUGAGCUAUACUCAUCAGGUAGCUGCUAAAGGUUGGUUUGUGGCUAUGGUUUCGACAACUGUAGAAAGCGAAAAUCCAGAAGUGGAAAUAAAACCGGGUUUGGACCUUCUAGGGGCUAUUCGUCAAAAAUUCGUCUCAGUGUCUGACUACUAUGAACCUACUGACGAUGGCCUGCAAUCUCAAAUUUUCAUUUCUCAGUCAUAUGAUGCAACAACUCAUUUUGAAACCACUUGCUUGGACGUGUUGGACAUUUUCAAGCGAGGUACGGGAGAAGAAUUUGAUUUUUCGAAGAUUAAACACGAACUGGGAGAUGAAGAACAAUAAAUCAAUCCAACUGGGGUCUAAAGAUGUCGGUGCAGUUAUAAAUGGCUAAGUAGUCUUUGAAAGAAGUUCAUGAUACUCUCGUUUUUUUAAGAACCUUUGAUAUUCAUUAUUCGAAAACGAAGAUGAAUCUUGGCAGUUUUUAGCUUACCUUUGAUACCUCCAUUCGGCAUCGUAAGAAUGUUAUAUUUUUGUUUCUUUCUUUUUAUUAAUAUAUGUAUAUUUUCUUGGUUAAUUUAAAAAUAGUUAAGGCAAAAAAUGAAUUGAAACAGAUCAGGCCAAGCUUUUUGAUUCAAACGAAAUCCUUUUUUUUUUAUUAUUUGCAAAAAGGAAUUUAUUGUAAGUUAGACAUAAGUUAACUGUGAAAUUGUAUUUAUAUAAAUAUAUAUAGCUUUUAUGUUUUUAGUUAGAUGCAUGUCUGAAUAAUUGGUGAUAAGGCACUUUGAAACAAAAAAAUGGUGUAUCUUUGUGAUUAAUAUAUAUUACCAGAUCGAAAAAAUGGGUAAAAAUGUGUAUCAGCUUGAAGCCUUAACCUAAAUAAAAUAUUUCUCAAAUGUAUUGUUACCUGUUCUCUUUAAAAAUGUUCUCUAAUGAUAUGAAAUUCUUUCUCUAGUUCCACAUGCUUUUCAAUGUAUAAAAAGUUGUUGAGAAGAUUUUUGGGAAUUAUUUGUGUUUAGGUGAAGUAUUAAGAAGCUUUAGCAUUCCAUUUUUUUUUAUUUUUAACAGGAACUCGUUCAAAACGGGAGUUCUAAACAUUCGUGCAAUCAUUUUCCAUCAUUCUUUUUUUUUUAGUAUGCACAACAAUUGUGAAUCUGAAAGUUCUUUUACUGUGAAAACAAAUAAACAUUUGAA